AUGUUGGAACAAAACGAUAAUAAUGAUAAUGACGAAGAAGAAGAAGACAUAAGCCAAUUAUUCACAAUGCUUUUAUCAGAUUCAGGAGACGAAAAUGGCGAUACCAAGACAAAGGUGGGUCACUCUACUCCAGGACAGCCUAAGCUGGACCACCACUACAUCACCUCCAUUAACACAACCUUGCUCACCAGACAACUCCCAUCUCAGGGCUUGUCCUUCCAGCUCUGGCCAGCAGCCACAACGCUUGUCACACUCCUCGACGACCACCGCCGUAACCCUAACAAGAGCCCACUCUCCCCAGCCCUACGAUCGCGCUCAUCCGACGGCCCAGAUCUCCCCCCUCUCACAAUCCUCGAGCUCGGUUCGGGAACCGGUUUGUUGGGGAUCGCCGCGGCUGUGACGCUCGGUGCUAAUGUAACGGUGACUGACCUCCCACACGUUAUCCCCAAUCUUCAAUUCAAUGUAGACGCAAACGCAGAAGCUUUGGCCGUUAACGGUGGGACCGUUAAGGUUGCGUCGUUGAGUUGGGGUGAGGCUGGUGACGUGGAGCUGAUUGGGCGAGAGUUUGAUGUUAUUAUAGGAUCGGAUGUAGUGUAUCAUGAUCACCUGUAUGAACCUUUGUUACAAACACUUUACUUCCUUUUGGGUGGUCGGGGGAAAACGACGUCGUUUGUUAUGGCUCACUUAAGGAGGUGGAAGAAGGAGUCUUCUUUUUUCAAGAAGGCUAAGAAGGUUUUUGAUAUGGAGGUUUUGUAUGAGGAUACUCCUUGUAAUGGGUCAAGGCUUGGAGUUGUCGUUUAUCGUUUUACAGGGAAGGAAAAAUGGAAUUUGAAUGUCGUUUCGGCUACUAACAAAGCAGGUUGAUUUUUGGUUUAAACUGAAAGAAAGAGAAAGAAAAAUGUGACAAUCUUUCGACUCAGUUUCUUUGUCUUAAUUCGAAAUUAAAAGAAAGAAAAAAUGAAUUUACGUAACUGUUUAAACUCGGCUUAAGUUGCCCAAAAGCUCCAAUUAAAUACAAGAAAAUUUCCAACUUUUUGAUUCA